CAGUCGACGGCCGAUCCCGCAGUUGAACGGACGUGCAAAAUUCGCGAGUUCUAGUCAAACCACUCCGGUUUCACUAUGGGACUACGUAAUUCCAAGUCAAAAAAGAGCUAUGAAGUAGCUACAACCGGUAGCCAGAAUCAGAAAAAGGCCUCUAUAAAAAGUUCUCGGUCAACUGAUGCGAAAAUUGAGGGGUCAUCCACUCAUGCUGAACCGCUGAACCCCAAACCUGUAAUUGAGGAGAGCAAUUUGGGGCCAGAGUGGUUGAAUGAAACGCAAUUUGAGGAAUUACUCGCCGCGAAUGUCGCUCAGUUCUCAAAGAUAGUGGGUUUCCGGGUGAAGCCCGCUAUGGCACCCGGAGAAAACUAUGCCACUUUAAUGCUGAGGAUCAGCAUAGAUGUGGAACUGACUGACAAGAGCACCAAACUGGUCUCCUUUAUGAUGAAGGUUCCCCACAAAACUCCCCAAAUGGAACAAAUGCUGGCCAUGGCGAACUUCUUUAACAGCGAGAAUGCAGCCUACACAGAAAUACUUCCAAAAUUGGAAGAACUUUACAAGGCCAAAGGAUUAGACAUAAUCUUUGCUCCCAAAGCUUUUAAACUGGACUCCAAGAAGGAACCCAAUUUGGCCAACACAGUACUGAUGAAUGAUCUGGGCCAAGAUGGGUUUAAGAACCUGAAUCGCCUGGAGUGCCUUAAUCUGGAGCAAACCAAGUUCGCACUGACGAAACUAGCCCAGUUUCACGCGGCAUCUGCUAUGAAUGUACAGGUGAAUGGACCCUACUCAGAUUUAUUCGUAAAUGGGGCUUUCGGUGGAAAUAAGGAGGUUCUAAUGGCAUUCUACGAAGGAAUGAUUUCCUCCUUCCGAACGGCUUUCAUGGCAAAUCUGAAGAGUUUUAAGAAUGGCGAAGACUUUCGGGAAAAACUGGACACGGCAUUCAAACAGAUCUUUUUGGACUUUGAACACCUAAUGAAGGUCGAACCGAAUGACUUCAACGUGCUGAACCAUGGCGAUUGCUGGAUGAAUAAUAUGCUUUUCAAGGUUGACUCUAAGGGGGAUGUGGAAGAUAUGGUUUUCGUAGAUUUCCAAAAUCCCAAAUAUGGUCCCCCAACUCAGGACUUGUUCUACAUGAUCAUUACCUCUGUACACAUCGACUACAAGCUGGAUUACUUUGACUUAUUCAUCAGGCAUUAUCAUGAACAGUUGACCAAGCACCUGAAUCUUCUAGGCUUCUCCGGUAAGCAACUUACUCUCAGGGAACUCCAUAUCCUGAUGUACAAGCAUGGCAGUUGGGCCCUGUUCCCCUCGAUCAGCGUGCUGCCAGUUGUCCUGCUGGAUCCAGAUGAGACUGCCACUUUUGACAAUUUCCUGGGAGACAGUGAAGCUGGCGCAAAGUUUAAGAACCUUCUGUUCACCAACAAAAGGUACCAUGGAUACAUUGAAAGGAUUCUCCCAUGGCUGGACAACAAGGGAUUCCUGGAAGCUUACAAUCAUUUGAUCCCACCGGAAACUCCUUCUUCUGAGCUUCCCGAGAAUCCUAACCAAAUUUUAAGCUGGCUUAAUAUCAAUGACUUUGAAGAUGUAAUUUCCUCCUCCAAUCCCGAGUUUGAGAAGAUUCUUGGUGGUUCCUGGACUUCGGCGACAAAGCCUGGAGACAACUUCGCAUCAAAGCUGUUAAAAGUUGAUAUACAGGCACAACUGAAAGAUAACAGUGCCAAGACAUUCUCCUACAUACUGAAAGUGCAACCAAAGUCAACCACGGACAACUUUACUGAUGUAAAUAUGUUCCCCAAAGAAAUGGAGAUGUACCGCGUAUAUGUACCUGCAUUUGAAAAACUCUAUAAAGACGCAGGAUUACCGAUCACGUUUAGUGCCAAGUCCUUCGUCUUCAAUAAACCAGUUACUGAAGAAUAUCUCCUAAUGGAAAAUCUUCAGACAAAAGGCUUCAAAAUGGCCGAUCGCAUGAAGGGGUUGGAUAUGGAGCACACCAAGAGUUCUCUCAAGAAACUUGCCCAAUGGCAUGCGGCUUCCAUUAAGUACAAGGAGCUAAAUGGACCUUAUUCCCUAUUGUAUAAGGAUGGAAUUUAUAUUGAACAGACGAGAGACAUGUUCCAUAAUAUGUUUACAACUGCUAAGCACUCUUAUAUUCAAAUAUUUGGAAAGUUUGAAGGUGCUGAGGAAUACGUGCCGAAGCUGCCUUGGAUUUUGGACAACCAUGUAGACCAGAUCAUUGAAGAUGCCGAGAUCAAUGAAAAAGAAUUCAAUGUGCUUAACCAUGGCGAUGCCUGGAUUAACAACAUCAUGUUCCAAUACGACUCAGAGGGCCAUCUCAAGGAAACCUUCUUGCUGGAUCACCAGAAUGCUAAAUACGGCAAUCCAGCUCAAGAUCUUUACUACUUCUUGAUGAGUUCUGCAGAGCUGGACAUCAAGGUGGAUCAGUUUGAUUAUCUGAUAAGAUGGUACCACGAAAAUUUGGUAGAGCAUACAAAACUUUUGAAAUACAAUGGAUUUGUUCCGUCUCUAAAUGAACUACAUUCUAUUUUGAUAGACCAUCCAGCUUUUGCUGUUGGCACCGUCAUCAGUACCUUAACCGUUUGCCUUAACCAAGCCGAUGAGGGUUUCAACCCUGAAAUGUUCUUCAUUGAGACCCCAGAAUCAGAAGCCUUCAGGUUGCAGCUUCUCGGCAACGAGCGAUACAAAGCCCAUAUUGAGAAGAUUAUGCCAUGGCUAAACAGAAGGGGACUACUUGACCCUUAAAAGGGCUAUUAAAAAUGUGAUAUAUCUAGCUUGUUUCUGCUGGAUUUCAACGAAAUGUAAGAGUUUUUAAUUAAACAAAAAAAGUUAUUAUUAUACAAAGAAAUUA